AUGAAUUCCUCUUGCACCGAGAAUGACUAUGAUCUCUUUACAGUAGACAGGACAUUUAUUCUCUCCCUCUUUCACGCCUUCUGCACGGCAGUACCAGAUGAUAUACGAACCAAACUCGCCAAGUCUGAAGCCGAUGCACUUCAAUUCCUUAUGGUUCUCCGGCCAAGACUGACGAGUUUUUCACACCGACGAGUGACUUCCUUGCGGCACCCCGCAGUUUCUAUGGCAGCUCGACGUUAUUUUAAUGCCCAACGCACUGCCAUUCGGGAAGAGGCACGUCUUCAUGGUGAAUUUGCCGCCAGCACACACACAAUGAAUCUUAGCACCAAUACUGUUAACACCAAUGUUGCGGCUCGUGCUUCUUGCGUAGGAAGUGUGACAAGUUCGGUAAACUUUAAUGCGGAUCAAACUAACGUUGGGUCUUUACCAUUACCUUUUAUACCGAAUGUUCCGGCUAUUAACAUGAUGCAAUUGAUGCAAAAUAAGUGGAAUCUACUAGGGCCUUGCUAUGAAGUAUUACUGAGAAACUCAAGACCACGUAUUGUUGCGGCACAAGUUAUCGAGGCGAAUGAUAUGGUGAAUGAUAUAAUUUGCCGCUAUUGGGAACGUAUAACAGUUCCACCAGGUGAGUAUGUCGAUAUGGAUCAAAGUUUCUCAUUAGAUGUAUCGGAUAGCAUAGGAGAAGGAGGAGGAGCCUCAACCUCUACCUUUUCACGUCGUUUUGGUGAUAUUCGUCGUUCCUACGCAACCCAUAUGACAGCUUUACAGUAUGUUUAUCUUAAUCUUCGUAUUUCAAGUGUGUUGCUACCACCAGAUACACUAGAAUCAGAAAUGUUAGACUCUAUUAUUGUUGAUCUUCGUAUUGAUGCUACACCGCGAAGAAAGCUGGAUUGUUUAUCCUUUGAUAGACCACCACGGCUCUACGGACACAGAGACAGUGAUGAUGUACAUGCGGGUCUGCAUGGUUUGAACUCAACGCUCCAACGCCUGCGUGAGGCAGCGACUAGAGAGUUGGCACAGACAGCAGUUUCACUAGAAACAGCAGAAGGUGCAACAUCUGUUGUCAGUAGUGAAUCAGCAAAAGGAGAUGCUUCAGAAGGUCCAUCAACAUUGGCGGCAACAGGAACAGGAACAGGAACAACAGCAACAACACCAGCAGCAGCUAUAGGAGGAACAGAUGCCGCGUCAAAUGUAGAUAAAAAAUCAGUUAUUGGUAAUGAUAAUGUUGAUUGCUCCCUCUCAAAUCUACCGGAUAUAAGUUUUGGACAAUUCUGGCGCUCUAUGUUGGAGUUAGCAGAUAACUGGACAAGUACUACACAUCCAAUGGAGCAAGCUAUGUUUUUGAUGGAACUCUAUUGUGAAGUGUUUGCACAUGAAUGGGAUGAUGAGGAUACGGCACUCAUGAAGACGCUACGCACCACCGCCGCGGAACGCUCAACUCGUCGUCAGGAUGACUUAUUAUCACUUUAUGAUGAUAGUGACAGAAGUAGUUAUAUGAUGUCUGAGUUUAAUCAGAUGCUUUCAUCUGUAGCCGAAUUCGCUGCAUUCGGUACUUCAUAUGCACCAAACCUCUCGAGAAAGGGAGUCCGUUCUAUUGUAGAUGAAUAUAUUAGUUCUGUACCUAGGAUGUUUGCCACACCAGAAGGUAGUAUGGAUGGUUCUGGCAGCUUUGGAAGCAUUCCUGGGGUGCGGCGUAUUACAGCAGUGGGGACUGGCACAGCGGGUGAAGAAGAACGACGCUCUCAUCGUCACUCCUUAUCAGUCUCCUCAUGGUUGAUUACGGAUAGUGGAAGUGGUAGUACAUUGAGUGGUGAAGUUGAGGGAGAAGGUGCAGGAAAGCGAAGGAGACAUGGACGGGAACGUGGUAAACGUGAUGGUAGUGGUAAGAGACGUCGUCGGCGAGGUACGGAUGAUGAUGAUGAUGAUGUUUUGAGUGGAAGUGAUGUGGAUGCUCUGCAUGCAGCGGACUCGAAGGAUUCCUCCCUCAGCUUUGAUUCACUCCUCACAGAGGGUGGAAAAAGACGUAGACAUCACCUUUCAAAGCGUGAUUCCUCUUCCAUGGGCCUUGCAGGUGAAGAUCAUGAAGAUGAGAAGAUGAAGAAGAAAAAACUCCGCAGCGGGAGUGCGAGUGGUGGUGGACGUCGUAAACGAGAUGAACAUGGAAAGUCAAGAGAUGGUUCGCGUCAUCGCCUUCAUGGAAGUAGUAGUGGUAGUGGUAGUGGUAGUGGUAGUGAUGCUGGUGGUAGUAGUAAACCCCCGUGGGGAAGUGAUUCUAGUCUGGAGUACUCAGUGCCGGAUGAAGAACUCACACCACUCUCACUCUGGCGACGACAACAAGAGCGGGAAGCGCGAAGACGACGACGAAGACGACGUGAGAAGCAGAAACGUUCCUCGCAGGCGGGUUUGAAAGAAACGGAAGGUGCAAGUGCAAAGUUAAGUGCGAGUGAAUUGGCGGAAAGACGUGCACGUCUAGUAGAGGCUCUACGUGCCAAAGGCAUUACCCUCGCGGCGGACUUCUUGAGUGAUGAUGAUAUUAUACAACUCACAAGUGAUACAAUAGAUCCAGAGUUGCUGCGACGACUCAUGCAAGGUGCCGGGUUUACACGAGAUGAGUUAAGUGAAGAGGAUUUUCUUCGUAUUAUGCUUGGAGAGGAUGAUCAACUCCUCGGACCUGGGGCGGAUGCGGCGGAUAAGAAUUCUGUUCUCGCCGCCCUACGCAAACGCGUAUCCCGCAAUCCACCCGAAACCGCCUACGCCCGACGACGACGAGAGUUGCAGGAACAAUUACUGCGCGAACAGGAAAGAGCCGCAGCUCGGGCCGCGAGAAGGCGAGAAAAGAGAAAAGCCCAUCACAAAAGUCGUACCGAUACAUCAGAGUCGCCAAGUCCAGCAGAGACGCCGCUGACAGAGUUUGAAUCCCCAAGCCCAAGUCCCAGUCCGGAUACCGCAGAGUUAUUUCCCACUGACCGUGAAAGAAAACGACGAGAAAAACAACAACAACAACAACAAGAAGAAGAGUUGGAUAUGGAGAGUAGCAGCAGUGAUUCAUUGGCCGGAUUGUGGACAUCGGCGAAACAAAGGGUGUUAACACCACCACCAGAGCGUCCUGGUUUACCGCGGCCGAAUGCCUUUUUACCAUCGCCUUCUGUUCCUCGACUGUUUAUGCCGUCUGUCGCACCGGAGAUUAUUUAUGAUGAAGCACCAGAAGUCCAUUUACACUCAGAAGAGAAAUUGGAAAUGUUUUACCGGCAUAUUAGGAAAGAUCAGCCAAUCAAAGGACGUGCCCCACUGUUACCACAAACCUCUAUUCGUGGUGGUACCUAUCAUCAGAUGUCUUUAGUACGCGCCCGCCUUGGGCAAGGAAAGCAGAAGGGAGAAGAAGAAGAACCGCAAGAGAGACGUUGUGCGCCUGUGAAACUUUUUUCACUUACGACAAAGACUACUUUUUCAGAGGCGUUACGCGAGAGUUUGCAACGAUAUGUGGAUGAUAAGACAUACUUGGAUACUCUUUAUGGGAGUUAUUCUAAGUGA